AUGCGACUCAUCGAUGUCAGGACACUCGAGCUUAGAUGGUUCAAUGAUGACUCUGUCCCAAAAUACGCCAUCCUUUCUCACACCUGGGGCGGAGAUGAAGUCAACUACCAGGAAUACGUCUGGAUUAGCAGAGCUCGAGCACUGUCCGCUUCUACCAACUUAGCGUCGGCAUCAACAGGCAGUCAGGAUGCGCGAACUACACUGAUGUUGGCGUUGGAGAUGAUGAUUCGAGGCAGUUCCGAGAUGCCUUUGGGAGGUUUAUCGGAGAAGGACCUCAUGACGCGCGUCGGCUACAGCAAGAUUGUGAACGCAGCUGAGCAGGCGCAAGGCCAAGGCUGUCACUAUCUUUGGGUUGACACGUGCUGUAUUGACAAAACAUCAAGUGCGGAGCUACAAGAGGCCAUUAAUUCCAUGUAUCGCUGGUACCGAGAUGCGGAGGUCUGCAUUGUCUAUCUAGGCGACAUUCCCAAACCACGGUCAAAUGGCUACACAACCGCUUCCGAAAUUGCAAGAGAUUCACUGAAGUCUUCUCGGUGGACACGUCGCGGUUGGACCCUACAAGAACUGAUUGCACCGAUUCUAUGUCGCUUCUACUUCCAGGACUGGACCUUGAUGGGCGAGAAGGUGGAGUUUCUGGAGGAGCUAUCUGACGCCACGGGUAUACCAGUUCGUGUACUCGACGAUAGAAGUACUGUUAGUGAGUUCUCCGUUGCGGAGAGGAUGUCUUGGGCAGCACAUCGGCAAAGUACUCGUGUCGAAGAUGUUGCUUACUGCUUGCUCGGCCUCUUCGACAUUCACAUGCCCUUACUUUAUGGAGAAGGUGCGAAGGCUUUUAUUCGCUUACAAGAGGAGAUCCUAAGGACUACUGACGACUACUCCCUAUUCUCCUGGUGCGCAACUUUAUCGGAGCGAUCAAUGUAUCGGGGUUUGCUCGCGCGCCAUCCUGAAGAGUUCCGACACUGCGGUUCUAUCGAGCGCGAGAAUGUCGUCUCUACUUUCCCCAUAGGCCUUACCCCCAUCGGUCUACGUGUGCAGCUCGAGUUCUUACCUGAUCCCAAGGACAAAAGCCGUGUCCUAGCUAUGAUACGAUCAAGCAACCAGGUAAACCAGCGCAUAGCCAUCACAUUGAAGUGCCUGGAUGGUGGAAUGCAAUACGCGCGUGUUGAUGCUGGCUCUCUGGCUUUUAUCGACGACUGGCCUACUGGGAAGCUCCAUACCAUUUAUGUACGGCAGAAGCUGUCCAUACCACCUGAUUUCACGACUACCGAGUUCAAAAGCUUUCAUAUACGACGUCGAGUUUCUAGCCACACCACGCCAACAGUUCGGAUAAUCAGUGUCACGCCUCGUAAUUCCUGGGACGAAGCCACUCACGAGCUACGGAUCCCAGACAAUGUCACCGAAUUCUGGGGGGCUGUUCUACUCCGAGUCCAAUCAGCAGCGUAUGCGCAUUCUCUAAGCUUCCCCGUCGCUUUCGGCUUCAACCGGUCUACUUGUCAUUACUGGUGUAAAGCCAUUUCGGACUUUGACCCUUCGCAAGACGGCCAGGCCAGUGGUACCUGGCCGCAAGCGGUAAAAAGGAGGAUACCAGAUGAAGUAUCGCCAACUGCACAAGAAGCAGAUCAACCGGUCUACGAGCCCGAGAAUCAAAAUGUCGUCCGCCUGCUUUCGUCGCCAGCCUCGUCUACAUCCUUCCCCGAUUCGUCCCAGACAUCAUCGAACGACCUCCCUACCAGCACAGCCAGCUACUCGCUCGCCGAGACCAACAUCCUUCAUGAUCUCCACUCCGCCCUAUCUACAAUGCAAGACCACUACUUCUCAGUAUGGCUCGGCAAAUACACAACAGCGAUAGAUUGGACAGCAGCCGUCAUGUCGACCUACGUUUCAGCUACCCUCUCGUCGCUCUCCCACUCGCUUGCCUACACAAUGCCAGGCACAUUUGACAAAAGCCGGAAAAUGGACGUCGAGGCACAAAUGGUGGAGAAUGAGAUCAACAAGUACUUUGCGCAAACCACUGCAUACUACUUUGGUGAGGAUCACUUUGCAAUAAGGAUGCAGGCAUUUGACGAUAUGCUUUGGGUGGUCUUGGGCUGGCUGGAAGCAAGCGGUUUCGUCGAGAGCCAUUCCGCUGAACACUACACGUCUGACAAGGUCGGAGCAAACGAAUGGCAUGCCAGACAGUUCGUCCCUGCUUUCGCCCACCGAGCACGCGUGUUCUACGAGUUGGCGGAGAAGGGAUGGGACUGGAGGCUCUGCGGGGGCGGCAUGACUUGGAACCCGCGUCUGUUGCCGUACAAGAACGCCAUUACUAACCAGCUCUUCAUCUCGGCGAGUAUCAGCAUGUACUUGCACUUUCCAGGCGACGACAACUGUUCACCGUUCCUUUCGCAGCACGACAAGGUUGGUCUACAGCAAGACCAGUUGUUUGAUGACUGCGACGAGGGGCACCGUGGACGCUACGAUCCUGUUUACCUUGCGAACGCGAUGAAUGCAUACGAGUGGCUGAACAAUAUUGGCAUGACGAACGACCAGGGGCUUUACGUUGACGGCUUCCACAUCGGGGGUUACCGCACGAAUCAUAGCAAGACGACAUGCGACGAGCGGAACGAAAUGGUGUACACCUACAAUCAAGGUGUCCUUCUGUCCGGACUUCGCGGGCUGUGGGAAGCUACCGGCAAGACCUCAUAUCUGGAAGAUGGCCAUGAGCUCAUCAGGAACGUCAUACGUGCCACAGGCUGGAAGAAGUCUCAACCUCAUCGAAGCAAUGGCCCAGAAGACGAAAAGGAAGCACUGCCCACUGAUUGGGCAGGCCUGGGUUCCAAUGGUAUCCUAACAGAGUUCUGCGACCCCUCUGGGCGCUGCAGUCAAGAUGGCCAGACAUUCAAAGGCAUAUUCUUCCACCACCUAACGUCCUUCUGCGAACCUCUUCCAUCUCGACCAGCUAGACCAGGGAAAACCCAUGCAGCACCCAAAGAGUUGAUCAUGUUACACGCAAACAGCUGCAGAGAAUACACCGCAUGGGUCGUCCACAACGCCCAAGCCGCCCUCCGAACGCGCGACCAAGACGGCCGAUUCGGCGCAUGGUGGGGCGCACCAAAGCUCUCAUCUCCAUCUGCCUCCUUCCACGGUAACAGGAAAUCGGCGUCUCAUUCCCACCCAGUUCUCCCAGAGAACGCAGUAGACUACCGCAACGUCUACCCAGACCCCUCGGAUGGCGACUACCUAGAAGACGACCUCAAAGAGCCCUUCAAGCGGUACGUCUUUGACGGGAAUGACGGAGACGAAACGGCCAAGAGAAGCCCAAGCGAUCUCAACGACCGAGGACGCGGACGCACAAUCGAGACCCAAGGCAGCGGUCUCGCAGUUGUGCGAGCAAUGUGGGAGUUUCUCCGUCGGGUAGAAGGCGCAGAUGGGUAUUUGGUGUGA